AUGGCGACAUUGCAAUCGGAGCUUGACAACAUGACGCCUUCCUCUCUUUCCAAGCGCAACCAAGAUCCCACCUCUUGGCUUCCUAAACCCUCUCCGCAAUAUUCGUUAGAAUCACACCAAAAUACCAUAAACUGUAUCGCUUUCCAUCCGGUGUUCUCCUCAAUUGCCUCUGGUUCGGAUGAUUGCACAAUCAAAAUCUGGGACUGGGAACAUGGAGAGCUGGAGAAGACCCUUAAAGGUCACACAAGAGCAGUGUCGGAUGUUGACUUCGGUGGUCCACCAGGCGGCAUCCUUCUGGCGUCUUGCAGCUCUGAUUUGUCUAUCCGGUUAUGGAAUCCGGCGGAUGGGUAUAAAAAUAUUCGAAAUCUGCAGGGUCAUGACCACAGCGUUAGCGCUGUCCGGUUCAUACCAUGUACGAACCUACUUGCCAGUGCAAGCAGGGACAAAAGUUUGAGGAUAUGGGAUAUCACCACGGGGUAUUGUGUGAGAACAAUACAGGGCCAUAGUGGAUGGGUACGAGACGUAUGUCCCUCAUUCGAUGGGAAUUUUCUGCUCUCAACGGGGGAUGACAUGACAGUUCGGCUGUGGAAUAUUUCUGUUAUAUCCCAGCCUGAAAACAAACUGAUAAUGGAUGGCCAUCAGCACGUCAUUGAAUGCUGUGCACUUGCCCCGCCGACCUCAUACCAGUACCUAGCACGCUUAGCGGGACUUAAGCACGGUCCACUCGCAAGUGGUGCAGCUGAGUUUAUGGCAACCGGCUCUCGAGACAAGACCAUCAAGAUUUGGGAUGCUCGCGGGACUUGCAUCAAGACACUAAUAGGCCAUGAUAACUGGGUGCGGGCGAUAACCUUCCAUCCUGGCGGCAAAUACCUCCUCUCCGUUUCGGACGAUAGGACAUUGCGAUGCUGGGACCUGAGCCAAGAAGGAAGGUGCAAAACGCUAACGGAUGUUCAUGAGCGCUUCAUCACAUGUUUGAGAUGGGCCCCAGGAAUUGUCAAAAAUGCGCCUGCCAGUUACGAGAACUCUUCUGAGACGCCGCCCAGUGGAGACUACGCGAAAGCGACGGCCAAGGUAACUGGAGUAGAAUUUUCCGAUGUCCAGAUCCGCUGCGUUAUCGCUACCGGAGGGGUUGAUCGAAAGUUGAGGAUUUUUGCGAGCUGA